AUGUCGGACAGCCAGAGCCGAGACCAGCCCCGGCUCGAAUCGUCGGCCGGGAGCGGGCCGAGCACCGAUGAGCUGCCGCAGGAUCUCACCCUCUUUGUGCAGAACCUGAUGGAGCAGAUGCAGUCGCGCUUCAACACCAUGUCGGACCAGAUCAUCGGCCGAAGCGCGCCCUGGCAACCCAAGUGCGGCGCUGCCGACUGA